UAAUUGGCAGAUAGAACUGUUACAUCAGAAUUUUAAAUGUAGAACUUGUUUUUCAGUAUGUUAAGUGGUGAAGUAUGUUGCAAUUCUAAAAGCUUGUAUUUAUAAAGCGCUUUAAUCAGGUUAAUGUUGCACAUACUGAAUUUUUAGUAGUGUGGACUUACUUGAUUUAUAGUUCAGACAAAGCUAACAGAAAAUUAUUAAUUGUACGUGUGUAUGGUGUGAAUUCAUACUUAUUUAUAGUGUUUUUGUUUUUUUUUAAAAAAAAAACUAUUUUCAGUUUGCAUUAGCAUGAUGGCAUCUAUAGCUAGUCCCACCAUAGGGGCCUUUUUAAAAUUAAAAUUGCAAGCUUGUAUCAGUGUGUUCAUCCUCAUUUUCCAUAACUUAAAUUUAAAUCUUGGUGUUUAACAUAUCCUUUUUGAAUUUUUUUUAAGUAGUUAUUAUGACUUAUUAAAUGGUAAAAGUUGGAUAUAUGAGAACAGAAGAUUAUUUACAAUAGAAAUUAAGGUGGUGGAAAAAGUUAAAACAAAAAGCAAGCCCCCACCAUACCUGGAUUGUUGAUUUCAUUUACGCUGGAUACUUACAUCAAUGUUUGCUUUUGUCCGAUUUAUCUUAUACCUUUGUAACAACGAUGGAAGGAUUUAUAGGGUGAAUAGACUUGACUAGCCUCUCACUUAAACUGAGGUUGUCUCUGUGGGGUUCAGAUAAUAUAACCCUAAUCAUGUGAUGUGAUGUGAUGUGAAACUAGUGAGAUGAGAAAUUUUUCACUUUGGGGAGAAUGAUUUAUUUGUGUCCCAGUACUUCGGCACCUCAGUUCUCUCUUCUAGAGCUGAAGUUGCAUCUUGUUUGGGCCCAGCCCCCAGAAAUAGCAAUCCAAGCAGGAAGUCUGGGAGCUCUUGUCCCAGGCCUUGUGCUUGUUCCCCUUUCUGAAUUUGCAGCAAAGUGUCUAGUGCCUCUUUUAGUUCCACUCUUAGUGAUCAAAAUAAGUUAUUUCAUCAGGUAUUUUCUUUUACCACACAAGUCCUUCAUUCUGUCUUUAUGGAUUUUAUCCGUAUCCAUCCUUUAUGCAAAAUUAUAUUAAUGCAGUAUGCUUGUCCUUGAGAAAGUAUGUUGCAGUAUGUUUACAGACUGUGGGCAUUGCACAUGUUCUUAAAUACAGACUAGAUUUUCCCCGUUUUUAAUUUCAAGGCAAAUACACUUAAUGACACCAGGGGAAAUGUCAGCUGUUCUUCAGGUUUUCCCAUCAACUAUGAUUCAUUUUCAUCCUGUCUGCCUCCAUUUUAUUCAUGUUCCAGGUAAUGAGUAUUUCAGGAGUUCAAAGCAGGCUUCUAAUACAUCUGAACUGGGAACUGAAGGACUGCUACUCUUUGGCAACUCUUUCUGCAUAAGGUUUGGAAUAAUACCGGCUGCUAGUCUGGAAGAUGGCAAACAGACUUGCACUGUAGUGGCACUGCUAGCGCUCUUUCAGCCUUAGUGCUUUUCUCCCAGAAACUGCUUCCAGAGAACUCUAGCCUGGAAGGCUAUGUGCCAUAGCCAGCUACUUGCCAACAGAAGUGCUGGGUGCUAGUGUUCUGUGCUGCCUAGUGGUUUAAUUGUGAAACGUCUCUCCCAGUCAUUCAUUUCUCUUCCAUCACCUUGAAUGUUCUGUGGAAACCAGUUUCUUCUGUCAUAACUUGCAUUGCUAUUUGUAUUAAUGUUGUUUCGGAAGUCAAGUGGUUUGCAGUUAAGCAUUAAAAAUAGUAUGUUAUCUGUUGGUCCAGUUUGGGAUGUAGGAUGUGACCCUAAGAGCAUUCAGGUUUGAAAAAGAAAAAAAAGCACUUUAAUGUUUCUGUAUCCUCAGUGGAUCACAGCAUUCAGUGCCUAAGAUGCUCAGGUGAACAGCAUCUUUCCUGUGGCUGCUCAGAUCAAACCGAAAACAGACUAGUUCUUGGUGUACCUGAGAGGGCGUGAUACCAACUGGAAGUCCCUGUUUUGCAAAAUGAGUAGCCUGUGCCAUGCGGGGAAGAAAAGAGUAGAGACUGAGAAAUUGUUUAACCUUCUUCCUACAUAAAAUAAUCAUCUUCUUCAUGUAAAAGUUGAGAACAUGAAAAAUUCCUUGUUGGUCUCUGGCUGUAAAAAGAAAAUGAUGUCAAUUCCUGGGCCCACAAGGAUAGAUAGCUGUCCUCAGGGAGGAAUGAGGUUGGUCUCCUCCUUUCAAAAUCGAGGUCUGUGUUCACCUGUAAUCUUGCUCUUUAGAAUAGAGCCAAAGCAGUGGGGCAGGUAAAGAGUUGCUCCAAGGGGAGUGACGUUUGUGUGCAAUUUGGCAGCCUACCACUUACUGUAUUUGUUAGAUUAAAAUUAAAGUACUAAGGUCUCUCAAUGCAGUUUUUUCUGUCCCUUUUGCAUAAGCCAUAUAUGCAAAAUAGUGAACGCUGCUAUGCAUAUUUCUUGCUUGCAAGCAGCUUGCAUUCACGCUGUAAUAUAUUCACGUCUGUUCCACUGUUUAAAAAAAAAAGGUUAUUUUUUCUAAUUGAUCACCUUUCAUUGGAAGUAAGUGAUACAUUGAAGUGGAGAUCUGUUCAUCUUCUCUCAUGAUACUCUAAUCUUUCUUUGUACUUAUUUCCCCUUACAUGCAAGAAUUGGGAAGAGUUGCUUUUUGACUUUCUAUACCACCACAGCAAGAUAGUGUGUAUCACUAGGGUGAUAUAAGAAAAGAUUUAAAAGAAACCAUUCAGGAAAUGUUCGGGUGUUUUACUUCAUGAAAGGAAUGAUACAACUUAAUGUGAUGUUGCUAAUUCUGUCUUUUAGUAGGGGAUGUUUGGGGUAAGCUGGCUUGUAACUGGCUGAAACCCUCUAUUGUAAUUAAAUGCAACUUGCUCCUUUUCCUGCUGUGUGUUUCCUUGUGAACAGAGCUUGAAUUUGUUUGAAUAUUAUGAUGUCUUAGCAGGAGACAUUCAGUCUCUUCUUUUAAAUAAUACAUUGGAGUCUGAGAACACAAACACACUUGCUCACUUCUUUUUCCGCUUCUGGGAUGUGUUUAAAUAUCUUUUGGAUUUUCUUGAGUCUUCUUUUGAAAAUACCUUGUAUUCUUACAUCGGUAGCUACUCGGGUAUUUUUGGAUACUCCAACUUUUUAUGUCUACCCAAUCUGUUGGUUUAUUCCCUUUUGGCAAUUACAGAGGUGGUAUUAAAAAAUAAUCUUGUUUGCAUUGGCACGGCCUUGUCUAGAAAUAGUGUGCAAGGAGGUAUGGGAAAAUAAAAGCUGGUUAUGGGCUCCACUUUCUGUUAAGAGUUCCUGAUGCAGAAAAUAUAAUUCUUCUGAUUAUUGACCUUAAACUAGAUGCAGCUGUGCUGAAGCUGAGAGCCUUCCACCUUCACAGAUCUGGAAUCUCAAAGGUAACUUAGGAGUGUCCUGCUGUAAGAUUUGCCUUGCAGUAAUUACAUAUUGCAGCUGUCGUGUUUGAUGCUCUGACCAAACCCUGGCGUAGUGUCAUAGAGGAGCUGACACUGCCCUCUGUAUAUGUGGCUAAAUGCAAAAAUCUGUCAGUCUUAAACAAAACAGAUCUUGAUUUAGAUUCUCUGGUAGUAACAGUCCCAAAGAAAGGAAAAAAAUCUGUCGUCACCACUGCAGUCUGGUGCUCCCCAGAGUGCUUCAGGUGUGUUGGUUCGCUGCCAAUACUGUUCUAUAUUGUAGGUUGCGUUGUUCUAAGACUGAGAAAGGCCUCUGUGAAUAAAAGCAUGCUAGAAGUAAAUUGUCUCACCUGGUUUGUUGUGGAAUUCAAGAGUGUGUGGACAAUCCAGUCUAAGCAAGAGACAACAGCUGCUGUGAGACCCAUGGAAAGGAGGCACAAAGGAACAAGGGGUAAGCAUUAUGAGGAGGAAGAAGAGGAGGAUGCUCUACCCGACUCAGAUGCCCUGCCAGACUCGGAUGACGAGGUGGAUUUGGAGAAGCCGCGCCCCAUCCAGAUUGUUCUUGCUCAUGAAGAUGACCAUAACUUUGAAUUAGAUGAAGAAGCAUUGGAAAAAAUCUUGCUUCAGGAGCACAUCAAAGAUCUUAACAUAGUAGUUGUGUCUGUAGCAGGAGCUUUCCGCAAAGGAAAAUCUUUUCUGCUGGACUUCAUGCUUAGAUACAUGUAUAACAGGACUUCUCCUUGCUGGAUAGGUGGAAACACUGAGCCUUUAACUGGGUUUACAUGGAGAGGUGGAUGUGAACGGGAAACCACUGGCAUUCAGAUUUGGAGCGAAGUGUUUGUAAUUGAUAAACCCAAUGGAACAAAGGUUGCUGUACUACUCAUGGAUACCCAAGGUGCCUUUGAUAGCCAAUCCACUAUCAAAGACUGUGCAACGGUUUUUGCUCUGAGCACCAUGACGAGUUCUGUCCAGGUAUACAACUUGUCCCAGAAUAUUCAGGAAGAUGACCUUCAGCACUUGCAGUUGUUUACAGAAUAUGGAAGACUAGCUAUGGAAGAAAUAUACCAAAAGCCGUUUCAGACACUGAUGUUCUUAAUAAGAGAUUGGAGUUACCCGUAUGAACAUGCAUAUGGUUUGGAAGGAGGAAAAAAGUUUCUUGAGAAAAGAUUGCAGGUAAAGCAAAACCAACAUGAAGAGUUACAGAAUGUAAGGAAGCAUAUUCACUCCUGUUUCAGUAACCUUGGCUGUUUCCUGUUGCCCCACCCUGGUCUUAAAGUUGCAACAAAUCCAAAUUUCGAUGGGAGGUUGAAUGAUAUAGACGAGGAUUUUAAGAAAGAACUGCGGAAUUUGGUACCAUUACUGCUUGCCCCUGAAAACUUGGUAGAAAAAGAGAUUAGUGGAUCCAAGGUGACCUGUAGAGAUCUUGUAGAAUACUUCAAGGCUUACAUUAAAAUAUAUCAAGGAGAGGAGCUACCUCAUCCGAAGUCUAUGCUGCAGGCAACAGCUGAGGCGAACAAUCUUGCUGCUGUGGCAGGAGCAAAAGACUUGUACAGUAAAGGCAUGGAGCAGAUUUGUGGAGGAGAUAAGCCUUACAUUGCCCCAGCGGACCUUGAGCGGAAGCACCAGGAUUACAGAGAGUCGGCUGUCAGGCAGUUCUGCUCGGUGAAGAAGAUGGGAGGGGAGGAGUUCUGUCGGCGCUACCAGGAACAACUUGAGACGGAAAUCGACGAGAUCUAUGCAAACUUUGUGAAGCACAACGAUGGCAAAAACAUCUUUUACGCUGCUCGUACCCCUGCCACUCUAUUUGCAGUCAUGUUUGCCAUGUAUAUAACCUCAGGACUGACUGGGUUCCUUGGUAUGAACUCCAUAGCUACCCUGUGUAAUCUCGUGCUGGGGAUAGCUCUUAUAUCCUUUUGUACUUGGGCAUACGUUAAGUACUCUGGGGAAUUCAGAGAAGUUGGAACAGCCAUUGAUCAGAUCGCUGAAGCUAUAUGGGAACAGAGGAAUCCCAGGAAGGUGUUGAAGCCCAUGAGUGAUAAUUUGGUGGAGGAUCAUAUGAGACAGUCUGUUAAAAACUCUAUCAAAGCAGGCCUGACCGAGCAGGUGUCUCACCAUGCCAGACUAAAGACAGACUGACAGUUCAUCUCCUCUUCAACUCUGCCCUCUCAUCUUAGACAUGCUUGCUGUACCAUGAGAACUCAAUAAAAAAAAAUAAACCAAAGUUUACAAUCAACUGUAGAAGUAGUUUAGUGUGACUGGCUUCACAGAUCGCUGCCAUCACCUGGGGAGAGUAAGUUUGUCAGUGCUCUGCUUCUGAGACAAACUGGUGCCAUGGAGACCGCUGGGGUGGGAGGGAGGGGUGCGUGUUUUUAAGUAUAGUCCUGGUGAACUGUGCAUGUGUGCGUUUUGGGGAGUGUGUGGGGGAGGCAUUUUUCCCCCUGCGUUUGAGUUGAUGCAGUUUCUGGCUUACAGUGGGGAGCCUGUCCUCUGCAGGAGGUAAUUUCAGGGAAGUAGCAAUCAGACCCGCCUAAAGGGUGCUGUCACCAGAUGUACCUAGCUCUGCGACAUCCCCGUGCCACCUCUAAGGCAGGAGUUGUUCUGUGUAUCGAGUUGGUGAAGCCAUUAGAGCCACUCCGUUGCAGUAUGUAUCUUGCUUUACUGCCUUUUGUACCAGUGUUACACAAAUGCAUGUAUUGGUUCCUCACACCGCGGAUGGCAGAAGUACCUGGUAAGGGAGGCGGUGGGUCAGAGCAUAUGGUGUCUUGCCUUGAACUUGCAGACCUGGUCCCGAGGGAGGUGCAUAUCAGAACUGAGCUGUCUUUUUCUGCAGUUUAGCCUUCAUGUAUAUAAUAUUGCCAUUAAUUCUACUGGGGGAGAAAUUCCAUCCAAAAACGUUGCCUACAGCUACCAAGCAAUGAGUUAGGAUUGUCUGUACAGUGUGUUUAGUUUUAAUUUUUUAAGAAAUCACAGAUAGGGCAUGUAUAUGAAAUAUAAAUAUAUAAAUACAAUUUUGUAUCAAAGUUUUGUAGUUUAUGGCAAAACCUGGUUCUGUGGUAGCUAAGUGCAGUCCCUGUAAAGGAAUGUUUGUGGCUCAUGUAAAUGUGUGAAUGCAUCAACAAUUUGAAGUUUUUUGAUAUAUUUGUGAUAUUUACCUGCCUUGAGCACUGCAAUCUCUCACCCCCUUGGGAAAAUCAGUGGGAAUGUUUGUUGUGAAACUCUUGUCCUCUGUUGCAUUUUAAAGUUAUUUCCUGUAAUUUAUUUUCAGUACAUGAUUAAAAUCAGUUGUGUAUAUAUGAAAUUAAAUUUGUGCUUAUUUUUAAAAGAUGUUUAAGUAUGUAUUCUACUACAUAAACUAUGUCAAAUACUUAUCCUGACAAUUAUGUAAACAAAUUGUCUAUUGUACUUCAUAGCUUUCUAUUGAAGCUGAUGUUUCUCUCAUGCUUGUCUCUGAAAGAUGACAUUUGUCUAGCUCAUAUCCCCUCCCUGUUUAGGAAAACUUUCUGCUCUUCUAAAGCACGCUUCUUGACUUGUGGAGUUUUGUCAGCUUCUGCCCUCCGACAAUUGUAUCAUUCUGAAAUCUUGUUACAGGAUCUGUUUUCACUCUUGACUAAGCAUCAAUUAAGGCGUUUUCAGAUGUGUGGAGUAUAAGGGCAGCUAAAGAGUUUACUGCUGUAGUUUCAGCUGGAAAUGACUGUGUGCAAUAGCUUGUAUUUCAUUUUUUUCUUCAUUCCCAAGUAGUAAAAAUUUCCAUCAAUGUUUGAGCUUCAUCAGGCUCCCCUCUCAUCAGGGAGGGAAAUCAUCUGUUUAGAACUAAAGCAAUUGCACUGUGACUUUUGUACCCUAAGGAGCUUCUAGGGAGUGGUGGUUGUUACCUGUUUUCCAGAGAUUAGGGCUCAGCUCCAGGUGAAUGAUGCUGAAGAUGAGGUAGGAAUGUUGCAUUUUAUGGUAUCUUUAAAACUGUACAGAUUAAAUACUGUUAUUUAAAC